UUGGGGACAGACGGUUACUGUGGCAGAAGUGCCCCUUCUCCAGAACCACUGGUCUGGGGCGGGGGCAGAAAGGAGGUCAUUUCCUAAAUCCCAUUCCUCAGAUUAAAACACCUAGAGCAGAACCAGGAAGGAUUCGGGAGCCAGAGAGAAGCAGACUAAUGGAGGCUGAGGACAAAAGUGGGGAACAAUUGAGAGGACAGAGUUCAGCCACUGGAAUGGGGCCUUCCUUAAGCCAGGAGAGUUCUGCAGAAGAGGGGCUGCCCCCUGAGUGGAACAGACAGAGAGCAAUGACCAGGAAGGUGCUGAUAGCUAUCCUGCUUUUUGGUCUGCUCCUUGGCUCUUCUCUGCUUUGGGUCUACAUCUUCCGGAACUGUGGUCCUCGAUCCUGUGAGACACCUGUGUGUUUGGAUCUCCUGGCCCACUACCUGACUUCUGGGAACACUAGUGUGGCCCCCUGCAAUGACUUCUUCAGCUUUGCCUGUGAAAAGACCAAAGGGACCAGUAAUUCUUUACGGGCUCUUGCAGAGGAGAAUAAGAGCCGACUACAGAGACUACUAGAGGCCCCAGGAUCGUGGCACCCAGGCUUUGGGGAGGAAAAAGCCUUCCAAUUCUAUAACUCUUGUAUGGACACAGAUGCCAUUGAAGCUGCAGGGGUUGGUCCCAUCAGAGAAGUUAUUGAGGAGCUUGGAGGCUGGAACAUCUCUGGAAAUUGGACUUCCUUAGACUUUAACCGAACUCUGAGGCUUUUGAUGAGUCAAUAUGGCUACUUCCCAUUCUUCAGAGCCUAUCUGCAACCUCAUCCUGUUCUUCCACACACACCAGUCAUCCAGAUAGACCAGCCAGAGUUUGACAUUCCCCUCAAGCAAGAGCAUGAACAGAAGAUCUAUGCUCAGAUCGUGCGGGAAUACCUGUCAUACCUAAAUCGUCUGGGAACCUUGCUGGGAGGUGACCCAAGCAAGGUGCAGCAACAUGCCUCCUUGUCCAUCUCCAUUACCUCACGGCUGUUCCAGUUUCUGAGGCCCCUGGAGCAUCACCAGACACAGGAUAAACUCUUCCAUAUGGUCACUAUUGAUCAACUGCAGGAAAUGGCCCCUGCCAUCGACUGGUUGUCCUGUUUGCAAGCAACAUUUACCCCGAUGUCCCUGAGUCCCUCCCAGCCCCUCAUGGUCCAUGACCUGGACUAUUUGAGAAACAUGUCACAACUGGUAGAAGAACUUCUGCUGAGUCACAGGGAUUUUCUGCAGAGUCACAUGAUCUUGGGGUUGGUUGGCACCCUUUCCCCAGCUCUGGACAGUAAAUUCCAGGAGGCACGCAGAGAGCUGAGUCAGAAACUACGGGAGCUGACAGAGCGACCACCUAUGCCAGCCCACCCACAAUGGAUGAAGUGCGUAGAAGAGACAGGAGCCUUCUUUGAACCUACCCUGGCAGCCAUGUUUGUUCGUGAUGCCUUUGGCUUAAGCACCCAAAGUGCUGCUAUGAAAUUAUUCACUGAAAUAAAGGAUGCCCUCAUCGCACGCCUCAAAAAGCUUCCCUGGAUAAGUGAAGAGACCCGGAAAGAGGCGCUGAAGAGGGUCACUCAACUGCAAGUGGAGAUGGGAGCCCCACAAUGGGCCUGGAAAUCAGACAUGGCCAGACAAGAAUACAGUGAUAUACAACUUGGACCCAGCUUUCUGCAGUCUGUCCUGAGCUGUGUCAGAUCCCUCUGGGCUAGAAACAUCCGGAGCUUCCUGCAGCCUUUUCCCCACCACAGAUGGCGGGUACCCCCCUGGGAAGCCAAUGCCUACUAUUCAAUACCUGACCACGUGGUAGUCUUCCCAGCCGGCCUCCUCCAACCUCCAUUUUUCCAUCCUGAGUACCCAAGUGCUGUGAACUUUGGUGCUGCCGGCGUCAUCAUGGCCCAUGAGCUCUUGCACAUCUUCUACCAGUUCUUACUCCCUGGGGGCUGCCCAGCCUGUGACACCAAUGCCUUAAAGGAGGUACUUCUGUGCCUGGAGCGCCAUUAUGCUGCCUUACCAUUACCCAGCAGAGCUUCUUUCAACAGCUCCCAUACACUCCUGGAGAAUGCCGCAGAUGUGGGGGGGCUGGCCAUUGCAUUCCAGGCAUACAGCAAGAGACUAUUACAGUACCAUGGGGAGACUACGCUGCCCAGCCAAGGCCUCAGCCCUCAGCAGCUCUUCUUUCGAAGUUAUGCCCAGGUAAUGUGUAGAGAGCUCAGCACCCAGGAUCCUCAGGACACUCACAGCCCUCCCAGCCUUCGAGUUCAUGGGGCCCUCAGCAACACCCCUGCUUUUGCCAGACAUUUCCACUGUCCACGUGGUACCCUCCUAAACCCCUCCAUCCGCUGCCAGCUGUGGUAACUUGGCUACAAAACAGACCAAACUGCAGAUGUAUGGACUUCCCUGACCCCAUCCGGAGAGCCAGGGCAAUAUCUCCUUUCCCUUUCUGUUUCAACAAUAAAAGUCGGCACUU